AUGGAUUCUUCAAGGAAACAACCAAAGCUACUCCCAGUGUUUGCCACACGACAUCACGGAUCAUCACAACAAGAGUCGCCCAUCCCGAUACAACCAUCUUUCUCAUCAGACCAGAAACGAAAAGCUACGCCUGCGCAAAGCACAAGGGACACUGCUAGGCGUUGGAAUAGUACUCUGGAUAACUCGUCAGCGGUCAAGCCAACUUUGGCUCGCGUUUAUGUGGCAGUGGGGUCCAACCUUGGAAACCGAUUUGAAAAUAUUGAUAAUGCCAUCAAGCAACUGGGCAGUGGGAGCGAUGGUUAUGCAAUUAUCAAUCUGCUUCAUACAUCCAUGCUUCACGAAACACCUCCCAUGUAUGUGACAGAUCAGCCAUCAUUUCUCAAUGGAGUGAUUGAAAUUGAAACCAACCUGUCACCCACAGAACUGCUUCAUCAACUCAAGGCUGUUGAAGCCCAGUUGGGAAGAGAUUUGGAGUCAGGCAUUCGAAAUGGACCUCGACCAGUUGAUCUUGACAUUCUCUUUUAUAGAAGCUUAGACGACAACAAGCAUUGGGAUCACACAGUCAUGGAUACACCUGAUCUGGUCAUACCACAUCCCCGCAUAUCCGAGCGAGAAUUUGUCUUGGCGCCUCUGUGCGAAGUGGCCGGAUUGACUCAUCACCAGCAGCCACAAGACGAGCAGAAUGGUAUACAUGAUUCAGAACCUGGAGAACUAAUACACCCAUUGUCAAGUCAAUCCGUGUCCGAAAUGUUGACAAUCCUGCUGGACCAAACGACUCCGUCAUCGGAUAGCAACGACGACGAGCCAGAACGUGUCGUUGUCAUGCCACUGCCAAGGAAUCGCUUUCUGAAUCUCAGCAAUGAAACUGUGAUCAUGGGGAUCUUGAAUGUCACACCAGACAGUUUUAGUGACGGGGGAAAGUGGACCGAGUCUAUGGAUGCAGCGGUUCAACAUGCUCUCCAAAUGGAACAAGAAGGUGCCACAAUUAUUGACAUCGGGGGAGAGUCGACACGACCGGGGGCAGCGGAAGUGGCCAUUGACGAAGAAUUGGCUAGAACCAUUCCAAUCAUUCAAGCAAUACGACACAAAUCGGAUAUUCCCAUUUCCAUAGACACAAGGCAUUCCAAAGUGGCUCAGGCUGCCAUAGAGGCGGGGGCGGAUAUCGUUAACGAUGUUUCUGGUGGAACCUUUGAUCCAGACAUGCUUUCGACAGUUGCCAGUCUGGGAGUUCCCAUCGUUUUGAUGCACAUGCGGGGUAUACCCGAAACAAUGCAAACCUUUGUGGAUCAAUAUUCAGAAAAGGGGGUCGUUCAGGAUGUCAUUACCGCUCUCAAUCAACGUUGUGAUGCUGCAGAAGCAGCUGGGAUCCCUCGGUGGAUGCAAAUUGUCGACCCAGGCAUUGGAUUUGCAAAGGACUUGGAAGGCAACCUCUCUCUGCUUCGGCAUUUGAACUCGUUACGGGCCAACAUGCGGAUGGGAAAGAGUACGCCUAUUUUAUUGGGCACUUCGCGGAAGGGCUUUAUUGGAAAGCUUUCUCAUGUCACAAAAGCAGAGGGACGUGAUUUUGGAACAGUUGCUUCGUGUGUGGCGGCCCUUUGUCUGGGGAAUGAUGACAAUACAAUCGGUCAAUCACAACGAGUAUGCAAUAUUAUACGAGUCCACAACGUGAAGGCCAUGAAAGAAGCAGCUCUGAUUAUGGAUGCAAUUGUCCGUGCAAAGUAG